CACCAAAAGUCCAUUCGACAAGAAUCCAAGGCUGAUUUCCUUCCUGAAGAGAGGAGCUGACCACUAAAGCUGAAAUGGGGUCUUGCCAUCUUAUCCUCGGGGUGCUGCUUCUUGUCUUUCACAUCACAGUUGCAAGUAUCUUUGACUCAACAGUGAAUGAAUCCUGCAAGUGUUUAAGAGUGAGGUCCGAAUUAAUCAAUCCUGCAAAAUUUGCAAGAGUUGAAAUCCUUCCUGCUGGAAUCAUCUGCCCAAGGAUGGAAAUAAUAAUCACACUGAAGAAAGGAAAUAGAAAAGUGUGCAUCAAUCCUGAAUCUAAAUGGGUACAGGUUUUAGUGAAGCUGAUGCAAAACACGAAUGAAACUUCCCCUUGAAAUGUACCAAAGUCUGAAAUGUUCCAGGAGAGAGAAGAACAGAUAACGCACAAAUCCUAGAUGCAAUUUCUUUCUAGCUUCCUGCUUUCUGCAUUCAUUCUGCCUCCAGAAAGACCAAUGCUAAUGUUUUUGUAAUUAACUCAGCAUGCAUUAAAAUCCAGUUGGGUUGUGUUAGCCCUGUUGAAAUUCUUCAAUUCCUGUAGCAUAUUCUUGUAAGUCCGUGUCCAAGACAUUUCUCAUCCUAGGCUCAAUCAUGAAACAGUUUCCCAUAGUAGGGCUGCAAAAGCAUCUGCCUGCCUCUUUUGUGUGUGUGUGUGUCAGGAGCGACUUGAGAAACUGCAAGUUGCUUCUAGUGUGAGAGAAUUGGCCGUCUGCAAGGACGUUGCCCAGGGGACGCCCGGAUG